CUCUCACUCCUUUCAGCCUUAAAAAAAAAAAAAAAAAGGACAUAAGACACUCCAGAUCAGAAACUUGCGGAACCAUGCCUCGGCACUCGAACGAGACCGACUGGAUCGUCCAAGUCAACGAGAGCCUCGAGCCCAUGCCCUCCGACGAUCAACAACACUGGGGGAAGCGGUCCAUCUACAAGGUCCCCGGCCGCAGCACCAACCUCAACCGCAAGACCUACCGGCCUCUGGCUGUCUCCUUCGGCCCCUACCACUACGGCCAAAAACACCUCUAUCCCAUGGAGGAACACAAGCACCGCGCGCUCCUCCACUUCGUCAGGCGGUCCAGGAAGCCCCCUGAACGCUUCCUCGAGUCCCUGAGGGAGGUGGAAGAAGACCUCAUGGCAAGCUACGAGGCACUGGCCCCGGAGUGGAAGGAGGGCAGCGGUAAGGGCAUCGCGAGCAAGUUCCUGCAGCUGAUGAUCACUGAUGGCUGCUUCAUGCUCGAGAUCCUUAGGACCACAACCGAGGAGGUGAACGGCUACGCGUCCAACGACCCCAUCUUCAGCAAACACGGUCAGCACUACGCACUUCCGGACAUUAAGCGGGACAUGCUGCUGCUGGAGAAUCAGCUGCCGAUGCUAGUGCUGGAACGGCUGGUCGCCGUCUGUGGUGACAUGAAGGAGGACAAUUACAUCAACAGGCUCAUCCUCAAUUUCUACUUCCCCAGCGCGAACAAUCCAACGAUGGGAAAAUGCCUGCACGUCCUGGACGUCUACAGGAAGAGUAUGCUGAUGGACACCAAGAAGAAGGACAAGGGUAAGAACGACGACAGCGACAAGCUAAUCCGGCCAGCCACCGAGCUCCAUGAGCACGGGGUCCAGUUUGAAGUAAGCGACAACACCAGCCUCAAUGACGUCUCCUUUGCCAGCGGAGUCCUGAGGCUUCCCAAGUUUCCGGUGGACGAUGACACUGAGUCCAUAUUCCUCGACCUCAUCGCGUUCGAGCGCUCCCACGUCGGGGCUGGGAACGAGGUCACGUCCUACAUCUGCUUCAUGGACGACAUCAUCGACAAGGGGCGGGACGUCGCAUUGCUCCGCUCCAAGGGCAUCAUCCAGAAUUUCAUGGAGAGUGAUGAGGCGGCAGCCAAGCUGUUCAACUCGCUGGCCAAGGACGUGAAGCUCGACCCCGACAGCAGCCUCCGUGACGUGAUGAACGAGGUCAAAGAGUACUUCAAGAAGAGGAGGCACAUGUGGUGGGCCAAUCUCAUGCACACCUACUUCAGGAAUCCUUGGGUUAUAUUGUCUCUCAUCGCGGCCGUCGUCCUCUUCGGGCUCACUGCAAUUCAGACCGUAUAUGCCGUGCUCAGCUACAAAAAAUGAAUCCUCCCUUUGCCUCUCUCUGUACAAUAUUUUUUUCUUCUCCAUUUUUUGG